AUGAGGAGACCGGUUGAAUACAACAAUGAUAUGUUCUGCUACAUGCCGUUUCGGAUGAGAAUGAUGUGUUUUGUUUGCACGGCCUUUCUUGUGGUCAGUCUUGUCACAGCCAUCGCCAAUUCCAUGAAGAAUUCAACUUUGGAAUCGGCUACUUACUGCUCCAAGGAGAAAGAAAUUAAAUUUCAUUCCAGUUUGUUGUAAGUAGUUUGUAUUGCCAAUUAAAAUUUAGCUGUCCCGAUGAAUCGAUACUGUACUAUUACAAGUGUUGUCAGAGCAAAUGCUGUGCUCAACCCAAGAUUCUGCUUUUGUAA